AUGGGAACAACCAUAUGGUCGAUCGAUGGUCCAGUGGUCCAACUCUUGUGUUCUUCUGUCUCGGAAGAAGAAGGCGAAGGAAGGGGGCUCGGUGUAGCUAGUGGUUCCGAAGGGAAGGAGGCCAGAAAAGAGUUCAGACGAGAAACACGACGUCGCGGGUGGUUUGGUGGCGUUUGCUUUACCGGGGGUGGCGGCAUCGAAUGGGGGUGGCGGCAUCAGAUGAUAGAAGGCAACAGCGGCGUUGGGGUGUUUGAUUGUGGUGGGUCACGACGACAGGGGGAGGCAGAUGAGCUGCUACAGUUGACUGUGGUGGCUCUCUUUGCCGGAGAACUGUGGUGGGCGGUGGUGGUUUGCAUCGGCGAUGGGUGGCAGUCGACUUUUGGUUUUCUUGCUUGCUCUAGCGAUUCACGAUGGGGAAGUGGAAGUAGCGGUCGAUGGGAGGUGUUGGUCGUUUAUGGUGGAGCAAGGUGGCCGGAAGGAUCAUUGAGGUGGGCAGUAGAGUGGUGUAGCUUCUUCCUGCUCUUUUUCCAGCAUUACAAUGGAAGAGAUGAGGGAUCGGUAUUUUAA